CAUUAUUAAUUAACAAAAAGGAGGCCCGAUCCGAAACUUCUUACUCAACUGAUUUCAUAUUAAGAUUACCAUCCCACCCUCUUUUUAAUUUUCAACUACCACCGGGGUAGCUGGAAGGAUGUUACUCAAGUGAGGGAGAGAGUGUGGACUGAAAUGGGCAUAUCUGGAAUUUAAAGGCAUGAAAAUUUGCUAUAAAUCUGGUCGUUGGAGGAUUAAUUUGGGUUUACCUUUUACCUUAUCAUGAAAUGGAAACGAAUGAUUCACAAAAGCCCAAACGCCACAGCUUGUUAACAAGUGCAGCCGCUCUUUCUUUGCAAAAUCACAGGAAGGAAGAAAAGGAACGAAAAAGAAAAGGAUGGCAUCAGAUGAAAGUAUGACGGUUCUUUCUUCUAUGCAUGAAGAUGAGUAUGAUGAUAUUGAUGUUGGGUUUGAUCAUGAUCAUGACCAACAGGCUCAUCCACAUAACUUGUCCAGGCUUUCCAUGUGCACUAGUUCCAUGUACACCAACGAGGAUGAUGAUGAUGAUGAUGAUGAUGAUCAUAUGGGGAUGUACGUGUCGAGAUUGUCAAUUGAGAGCUUUGAUGCGGAUGUUGAUGAAGAGUUCUCUGAUGAAAAAGAAGGCAAAGAACUGCUCGAACUGUCAUCCGACUCUGACAAAGAACCUGGUUGUUACUCUCUUCCCGCCACGCCUCCUCGUCGGAGGAAUAGAACUGGCGUGUUGUCACAGCAGUUGAUGGGAGCGGUCAAAGAUUAUGCAAGUGAAAAUGAAGCUCAAAGGGGUAGUUUUGGAAGGCCAAAGGGGAGCAAGAAUUUGAGGAAGAGGAGGAUUAUAAGGGAAAGAUGGGGAGAUAAGGAGAGUAAAUGUAGCAGCAAAAAGAAAGAUGGGGAUUUUAUGUUGGGUGGUUACAGCAAUUACAGUGGAAGUUUUAGUGGGGAGAGUGAGGGGGGUAGUGCGGGUUUGGUGGUGAUUACCAGGCCAAAAGGAGGAAGGAGAUCGUUGUGUAUGGACUUGGAGGAAGUGAAGGCGUGUCGGGAUUUGGGGUUCGAGUUGGAACAUGAGCGGAUGUUGGAGAUGCCCAGUCGUGUUUCCCUGUCAGGUUCCACUCUUGAUACUAGUAGCGGUGGCAAUUCUCCCAUCGCCAACUGGCAUAUCUCUAGCCCUGGUGAUGACCCAAGAGAGGUCAAGGCUCGGCUCAAGGUGUGGGCGCAAGCUGUGGCACUUGCAUCAACAUCUAGGCAUUGCAGCUGACAAGCUACUCUCAACUAUCAUCUACUGUUUUUAGUUUUCCAGUUUUUCUGUUUCUUUUUUUCUCCUUCGAAAUCCUUUGGUGGGAUGGAUUUGAUACUUUUCUUCUUCUUGCUUCCUGGCAAAGAAGCUUUUUUCCAGAGGUUUCUUCGACCUUCUAAUCCUUUGCUGUUGGCAUUUAAGAGCUUCCAGACACGUUUUUUGAUUACUCAUGUACAGCUUUCCGCUUGUAAAUAUAACACGGGUGGAAUAUGGAGCCAAAUUAUAGGCUUAUUAUUUCCGAGGCUAAGCAUAUUUCCAGUUCUUUGCUGAUAAGUUUUUCUUGUUCGUCGUCAGUCUUGAUUUGGGUAGUCACAGGUAAAGCAUUUGGAUAGAGAUUUGUUUCA